AUAUUGUUUUGUUAUUUUAGCUUAUACAGUCUUUAACAAUAUUUACCUUUGAGGUAAUAUUCUAAAAUAUAAUAUUCAAUCCCAGGAUUUGACACCGGAAGUCACGUGUUUUGUAGUUUUUUUUUGUAGUUUUCGCCCGCUCCACUGCACUCCGGUGUUGUAACAUGCAGUAAGGUCACACAGAGGCUGUUUACAGGAGCUAACACAGCUAAUAGCGCGUAGAUUUAUGUCAAUGUGAAUCAUUUCUGUCAGCUAGAGGAACAGUUUGACUCGUGGAGGCGCUCUGAACCCGGAACUCUCGUUUAAAGGUCAGACAUCAGCCAAUCAGAGCCUCCUCAGCAGAACAACACGUGUGGUGGUGCGUUCACUGUCCUCCGUGUUCUCCACCAGGACACCUUCGCUGUCGCUCACUGACGGAGGAUUUCUCUUCACUUCAGCUCAGUCUGAUCCCAGCGUCAUGUUGGCGUAGCUCCGGUUCCUGCUCGGGUCCUGCUGGUUCUGGCGACUCGAUGUCGCGGCACAGCAAGCUGCAGAAGCAGGUUCUGGCUCUGUACCGGCAGUUCCUCAGAGCCGGUCAGGACAAACCGGGCUUCAUUCCCCGAAUCCGUGACGAGUUCAGAGAAAACGCUCGAAUCAAGAAGACGGACGUGAUGCACAUCGAGUACCUGUACCGCCGAGGCCAGAGGCAGCUGGAGCAGCUGAGGGACGCCAACACCAAGCAGCUGGGCUCCUUCUCCAAACCCAAAGACCAGAACUGAGACCGCCGGACCCUCGACAACAACACCAUACCUCAGAGACUGUGUUCAUGUUCAUGUUGUAGGAAUAAAGUGUUCUGAAUAUCA